CCCUGCAACCGCAGGGGAUUUUGGGAUUGAAAGAGAUGUUUUCAUCAUGGCGGCAUCUAUUUCAGGUUAUACUUUCAGUUCUGUGUGUUAUCACAGUGCAAAUAGCAACUCAGAUCACGAGGGCUUCCUAUUAGGAGAAGUAAGGCAAGAAGAGACUGUCAGCAUCAGUGACACACAGAUCAGCAGUUCAGAAUUUGUACAGAUUGUAGAAAUACAUAACCAUGAACCGUGUGCACAAUUGUUUAGCUUUUAUGACUACGCAGGUAAAAUCAAUGAAGAAAACCUCAACAGCGUUCUUAAAGACCGACGAAAAAAUGUCAUUGGUUGGUACCGGUUCCGGAGGAACACCCAGCAGCAGAUGUCAUUUAGGGAGCAGAUAAUCCACAAACAGCUGACUCAGCUGCUUGGUGUGCCCGACCUCGUCUUCCUUCUCUUCAGCUUCAUCUCGACUGCCAACAGUUCCACCCAUGCGCUGGAGUAUGUGCUCUUCAGACCUAACCGCAGUAGGUACAACCAGAGGAUUCAGCUUUCCAUCCCAAAUCUCGGCAACACAAGUCAGCAGGAAUACAAAGUCUCCUCCGUACCCAACACCUCCCUCAACUAUGCCAAGGUCAUCAAAGAGCACGGGGCUGAGUUUUUUGACAAAGACGGUGUGAUGAAGGAUAUCCGAACAAUAUUCCAAGUCUACAGUGCACUGCAAGACAAAGUCCAGGCUGUGUGUGGGGAUGUCGAACAAAGCGAGCGAGUCAAAGAAAAACUUCAAGAGGAUGUGAACAAAGUCAAACAGCAAAUUGCUCUCAGGAAGCGCAAAACAGAGGAGGAUAGAAGACUUCAAGAAUCUCAAAAUGCAGACUCCACUUCAACUCCAGAGAUCUCCUUAAAACCUUCAGAGACUUCCUUCGUUUCCAGGACAACUUUCCAAACGCCGUCUGCCCCAGAGCGACCCAGAACCUCACCGAAUCCCCCCUCUUACACUGACCUCUUAUCCCAAGACGACAAUCUGCUCUCCUCAUCCCCUCCUACCAGUGCUGCUCUGUUGCCCCGGCCUCAAGCUGUUGGUUCACCAGGACACCCCACCCCGCUCCCGCUUUCGAUGAGGCUAGGUCCCAGUAUGGAGCUGGGCCUCGGCACAAAUGUAAACCCCGUGAACACUCCAAUCACCCCUUACCUUGGAAAUGGUGACGGGUCAAGCUCUGACUCAUUAGACAGACAAGCCGCUGGGCAGGAGGAUGACGAUGAAGACGAAGACAGUAGUGAAUAUGAGAACCUUGUCAGUGAAGGAGCUCAUCUACCAACCGUCUUUGCAAGCGCUUUAGCUCAAGGCCGACCUGCUGCUCUGGGUCCCGACGGAGACGCCCACGGGUCACAAACAACAUAGAAACAGGCAGCGGGAUGUAUGAGGGACACGUACAAGUGACGCGCCUUUAGAGGCGGACAACUGAAGCAAUCAAAGAUAAGCAAAUGUAGACAAAAGAAGUGCCAGUCCUGCAAGCGAAAGGCCUGUGCAAGGUGGUGCGUUACUCCAUUGGUGACAGUAUGUUCUCCAUUUUAGGGGAAACUUCGUUAGGCUUUUCCAAGGGCCUCCCACUGCUUCUGUUUUCAUAUUCUCUCUGGAAGGUACUCAAGUGUGAAUCUGUCCAGUUUUAGCAUCAGACGUGGAUUUGGCGUUCCAACCAGCUGGUUGGCUAACUGGCUUUCUGUUUGAUGUCAGGAUCUUCUCGUCUCAAAUUUGCAUCUUCACCUUUUAGCACCCUUUCAUGCAUCCUGUCUUGCACUAUUUCUUUCCCUUCUUUAUUUUUUUGAAACCAAGGGAAAAAUGUUCUCCAGCUUUUGAACAUUUGUGAACAAAGUGGUUACAUUUUUGGGAGACGGUAGAGAAAUAUGUAUCUAAGAAAUCUUAAAAUGCACACUUCUUUUGAUUUGGACACCAUGUUCCACACACUUUAAUUACCCAUUCAGCUUUCUAUUUAAGCGAUGAAGAAUAGAUUUCAGACUAAAUUGAUUCUGCCACUUCUUUAAAGGGUGCUUUAUAUAUACAUAAUAUAUAUAUUUUUGUCUAAUUAAUAGUUUAUCUAAUUUGAUUGACAAUAGUGUUGGUGUCUUGUUCUUGGAUAAUACUGAAAUUGUAUGCGCUUUGCUGCACUUAACAUUUAGGAUUACUUUACUGUUGUCUUAUAGCAAUGCUGAGAUGUUAUGCCAUUCGGUUAGCCCUCUUUAACCACUCAGAGCCAAACCCAGCUCAGCUUUUUGUGUAUUAGAUGGGGUUCACAGGACAAACACAAUAUACUGUAGCUUUACUUAACAAAUGCUUAAAAUUCCCUUCUGCUGCUGCAAAACAAAGAGCUACCACUAAAAAUUGCGUCUGUCGUUCAUAUGCAAAACUGGUUGCUGCUUCCAUUUUACCAUACUAAUAGUCUCAGUACUACUGACCGUGUUCCUUUGCCGCUUUAAGCUCUUGUUUAAAUAUGCUGUGGAAGGUAUCUUGAAUGUGUGGCUCGUAACCUUGGAAACCCAGCCCUUCCCGUCUGCAGAGCUGACGUGAACUCUGUGAUUCCGACCAGCUUGGCUAUUUCUCGUAUGGACCUGGAUAAUGUGAUGAAACAUCUUGAACCUGCCUCAGUAUACAGUGCCUUCCACUCAGGGCAGUUUCUGUCUGCACACAGGACACAUUCACAGAUCUCUUUGUAAAGGGUGAAAUGAAACCGACUUAUUUUGUGUUGCAAUAAGUGAAUUCCAAAACGUUCAUUCAAAGUCUUAAAAGUUUUUGCCUCUUUUUCUUAAGAUGUGUUUUUUCCCCCCUUUCUAUGGAAACGGUUUUCACUUCUUUCUUAGCUCUUCCCUCUUCUUUCUGUUACUCCUAAGUGGACUUGAAACUCAUGUUUGCUGAUGUAACUUUGCUGGCUUUAUUAUUCCAGACUGCUCACACAUCUGGUCACCUUAAAGGUGACUGAGGUCGGGGGUGGGCGAGGGUGCAGAGCAUCCUCUGCGGGAACUGGUUCAAUCUUAACACUUCAGCAUGGACCGAUUUUUGUGCUGCACUCAAUCACUUGUGGUGGGAGAUGCUUUGCCUUUGUGAACAAGCUAAACUAAUUUACAGUGUGUUUGUAGUGUCAUGUCUUUUGCCUUCGGGUCAUUUCACUUGUCUUGAUGUGUAAUGCCAAUACAUCACUGAACAGGAACUGGCACUUGAAAUGUUGCUUAAAAAAAUCACAAACACAAUCCCACUUGGAGCAGGAGGGUCAUCUUAGGAGUGUGAGUAGUGGAAUAUAAGGAAAUCAAAAAUGAAUGUAUUAUAGAUAAUUGCAUUGGGGUAGCAUUUCAAAACAGCACUUAACUGUAUAAACAUUAGUAAGCGGUGUGUGGUUGUAUAGAACAGCAGGUCUUUUGUAUUGGUCCUUUGCUCCGAAUCCCCGUCUUCAGACCCUAUAGAAGUGGAAGCCUUUAAUUGUGGCAUCCGCUGGUGUAACCCGAUGCUUCAAGCUCAUGUCUAGAGGUAAAACCAACAGAGCUUUAGUGCAGAAGAUCACUGCUAUAAAUCACGAGCUGACUCCAACUAUCCAAUUCCAGCAGCGAAGAUGCACACAUGCAUACUCUUACUGCAUGGGUUGAGGGUUCACUUCUUCUGUGCAGUGAUAAGUACACCUUAAGCACCACAGUGCACAUCACGAACCUGGGCUUUUAUCUGGAUUUGUGUACUUGAAUUUAAAACGAAUGCUUGGAAGGGCACAGAAGACAAGGUGCUUUAAUUUUGUUUAAUAAACAAGACCUUCAUAUGUGAAA